AUGGAUAAGAAAUCUGCGAGUACUCGGGGCCGUUUAAGAUUCGAGAGUUUACCCUCUACGUUUUUCAUGGCCGAUUUAUACCACCUCGGACUCCGAACUCCGCUUUUCGACAUUGACCGCUUCAUUCGAAACGUUGGGUUCAAUGCAGAAGGUCUUUGGUAG